AUGGGAAACCAGAGCGCUAGGGAGACCAGCCGUGGAGAAAAGGUUGGUCCUGGCGGAGACACUGGCCCUGGAGUAAAGUACUCUGGCAAACGUUUCCCGGUCGCUCCAAAGACGCAAAUCAGCCGGCGGAACAAUGGCGUUUCCAAAAGCAGGACUCGACCAUCGAAGGUUCACAACACAGGAUCGAAUGAACGUAUCCAGGCGGCAUUCAGUUCGAAAUUGGCAGGUACAUUGAACUCGCCAGAUCAGCUGGAUGCAGUCAACUCGAACACGGCAAUCGAGUUGGACUCGGUAAUCGAAGUUGAUUCGACAGAAGACUGA